GGUGUUAAUUUUAUUUCAAAUGGUAGUCCUUUUGGUGCAACACUAGAAUUUGCAAUAAGCAUUGCUCAUAAAAGUGUCUAUUUUAAUUUUACUUCUCGUGAGUCUUCAUUGAAUUUGGAAGGCACAAAUGCAAGGUUAGAUUGUGCUAAUAUGCAACCAAGAACAAGUAUUGGUGAUGGAUUUCGUAUUAGUGUGUCAAGUACACCUAGUUGUUCAAGUGGAGGAUCCGGACCAGAUGACAUAGAAUCACUAGGUGAUGUUUAUAUAUGGGGAGAGGUUUGGGCAGAUGGUGUUUCACUUGAUGGGUUUGGCACUCAAUCUCCUUCCACAAUAGAUGUGUUGAUUCCUAAGCCUUUAGAGUCAAGUGUUGUUCUUGAUGUUCAACAAAUUGCAUCUGGUGUACGACACAUUGCUCUAGUAACUAGGCAAGGAGAGGUUUUUACUUGGGGAGAAGAAUAUGGGGGAAGACUUGGUCAUGGAAAUGAUAAAGAUUUUGGUCGCCCUCAACUUGUUGAAGUUUUGGCAGUUACUAAUAUAGAUUUUGUUGCUUGUGGAGAGAAUCAUACAUGCGCUGUAUCUACAUCUGAUGAUCUUUUCUCAUGGGGUGAUGGUACAUAUAAUGUUGGACUUCUCGGUCAUGGAACUAAUGUUAGCCAUUGGAUACCAAAGAGAGUUAGUGGUCCUUUAGAAGGACUUCAAGUUAUAUCUAUUGCAUGUGGCACAUGGCAUUCAGCACUAGCUACUUCUAAUGGGAAACUGUUUACCUUUGGUGAUGGAACAUUUGGUGUUUUAGGUCAUGGAAAUAGAGAAAGUGUGGCAUAUCCAAAGGAGGUACAAUUAUUAAGUGGACUGAAAACUAUUAAAGUUGCAUGUGGAGUAUGGCAUACUGCAGCUAUUGUAGAGGUUACUUUUCAAUCAGGUUCAAAUGUUUCAUCUAGAAAGCUUUUCACUUGGGGCGAUGGCGACAAAUAUCGCUUGGGACAUGGAAACAAGGAAACAUACCUUCAACCCACAUGUGUCUCUACACUUAUUGAAUAUAAUUUCCACCAGAUAGCUUGUGGACACACUAUGACUGUUGCUCUUACUACAUCUGGUCAUAUAUUUACUAUGGGAAAUGUUGAAUAUGGUCAACUAGGAAAUCCUUUAGCUGAUGGAAAAGUACCUAUCCUAGUACAAGAUAAGUUAGUGGGUGAAUUUGUUGAGGAAAUAUCAUGUGGAUCUCAUCAUGUUGCUGCCUUGACAUCAAGAAGUGAAUUAUAUACUUGGGGGAGAGGUGCUAAUGGAAGAUUGGGACAUGGAGACAUAGAGGAUAGAAAAUCUCCAACACUUAUUGAAUCCUUGAGAGAUAGACAUGUAAAAAAUAUUUCUUGUGGCUCAAACUUUACAUCUUGCAUAUGCAUUCAUAAAUGGGUCUCUGGAGUUGACCAAUCUAUUUGCACUGGUUGUAGACAACCAUUUGGUUUUACUAGAAAGAGACAUAAUUGUUAUAAUUGUGGAUUGGUGCAUUGUCAUAGUUGUAGUUCAAGAAAAGUAUUGAAAGCAGCAUUAGCUCCAACACCAGGAAAACCUCAUCGUGUGUGUGACUCUUGUUAUAAUAAGCUUAAAGCUGUUGAGGCAGGUAAUGCUGCCAAUCUUAAUAGAAAAAUCACUACUGCACCUCGUAAUUCCAUAGACGUCAAUAGGGAAAAAUUUGGCCAAGGAGAAAUAAAGUCUGCAAGACUUAUUUUGCCACCUAUCAUAGAUCCAUUAAAAUACAGUGAUAUGAGGACUAAUAAGUUGGGAAACAAAUAUGAUUAUUCUUCUAUGCUUAUAACUUCCCAAGUUCCAUCACUUCUACAAUUAAAUGAUAUUGCAUUCGGAAGUUCAAUAAAUUCCACUCAAAGCAUUAUGAAGCCUGCUAGAGCUCCUAGUCCACCACCAACUCCACCUCUCAACUCAAGACCAACAUCUCCUUAUUCAAGAAGACAAAGUCCACAACGUUCUAGAACUUCAGGAUUUUCUAGAAGUCUUAUUGAUAGUCUGAGGAAGACAAAUGAACUUUUGAACCAAGAAGUUUCAAAAUUGCAAAACCAAAUCCAAAGUUUGAAGCUAAGAAAUGACAAAGAAAUUCAAAAGCUCCAGAAAAACAUCUUAGAAGCUACCUCCUUGACAGCUGAAGAAAAUUCUAGGCAUAAAGCAAUGAAAGAAUCUUUUGAGUCUACCGUAAAUCAGUUGAAGGAAAUGAUUGAGAAGUUGCCAUCAGAAAUUUUAGAUAAUGAAAGUUGGAAAACUGUACUUACUCGAGCUGAGGAUUUUCUAAAAGAAAAUUUAGAAUUUGAAUCACCUUUGACAUCUUCAAGUAUGAUUCCCCAACAACCAAAUGUACCUGAUACACUUGACUCAAAUAGUAGCUCUUCUAAGCUAGAAGAACAAAAAAUAGAAGAAAAUCAUGAAACUAUAGGUGUUGAUCCAUUAUCACAAGAUGGAGAAAAUGUUCCUCAAGAAAGCAAUAACUCAUCUUUAUCAAACAAUGAAACAUCAAUGCCUUCACAAAACUCUGAAAAUGAUUCAAGAUCUCAAGAGUCUUCAAGAUCUAGCAAAGAAGGAGAAACACAUGUCAUUGAACAAUUUGAACCUGGCGUUUAUGUGACACUAAUAGUAAAGCCUGGUGGUGUCAAAGUGUUUAAACGAGUUAGAUUCAGCAAACGAAGGUUUCAUGAACAUCAAGCAGAAGAAUGGUGGAACAAAAACAAAGAUAUGGUGCUUAGAAAAUAUAGUAUUCAAGCUACAACUUCUGAAGGUACUAGGUCAUCUAAUAACACUCUACCCCCACCACCACCCACCGAAGAAAAUAUUGAGGCAACAUCUUCCUAAACAAGAAUUGUAGUUUUAAAUAGGUAUUAUCUUAGUUUGGUUAAAUGAUAGAUUAUAGAAACAUCAUUAAUCUUUCAAUGUA